GCAUGCCUAGACUGUUUGUGCGGGAACACGCCAUCUUGCAGCGCUGAAGUCUUCGUCGAGAAAGGCCGUAAGGUCCAAAUCCGCUGUCAUCCUCUCUUCACAGAGGAAAAAUGGACCUCCAAUACGGCAUAGCAGUUACCAACAAAUAUGCUCUCUUCAUCGAUGACGAGGAGGACCCUCUUGAAAUUCUGAGACAGAAGGAAGAGGAGGCCAAAAACCAGAAAAAGGAUGGUGGUGAUAAGAAGACCAAAUCCAAACAGUCGAAGAAAACGGCUGUUGUGACAGAAAGCAAGGUCAAAGCUGAACCACCUCCACCAAAGAAAGAAGAUAAGCCGAACCAGCCCAGACAAAACGAUCGUGGAAGUGCCCGAGGAGGUCGCGGAGGCCGAGAACUGAGGGAAAACGAUGGCAGCAGGCCCCCUCGGCGGCAGGGUCCACGUGAAAAUAAGGAACUUAAAGGCGAUGAUGAAAAUGUUCCACCAGAAUCAAGGGAACGAACCGAAGGAGGAAUUAGACGAGAACGCAGAGAGGGUGGUUUUGAGCGUAAAGACGCUGGUUUUGAGCGUCGAGAAGGUGGCUUUGAACGAGAAGGAUUCGAACGUGGUCGUGGACGUGGAGGACGCGGCAGAGGCAGGGGUCGUGGUGGGCCUCGUCCAGAAGGUGGUCGGGGUGGCUUUGGUGGAACUGGAGAGCGUCGACGUGAAUUUGAUCGUCAUAGUGGGACGGACAAAACUGGCGUGAAGCCUGUUGAUAAGCGGGAAGGCAGUGGUGCUCAUAACUGGGGUACAUACAAAGAUGAUGUUGAGGAGCAAACUCAGAGUCAGACUCCAGCUGAGGAGUCUACUGAGUGGGCUAACGCUCCUGCUGAAAAUACUGAGGCACCCACACUGAAUGAAAGUGGUGAAGGUGACGUGCCAAAGGAGGACGAAAACAAGGAGAUGACUUUAGAUGAGUGGAAGGCGCUGCAAGAGCAGCAUCGCAUGAAGUCGAGCUUUAACCUCCGCAAGGCUGGCGAAGGAGUUGACAACGCUCAGUGGAAGAAGGGUAUUGCUUACCAGAAAAAGCAGGAAGCAGGUGAAGAUGAUGAAAGCGACGAGGAAGAAGAGGACGAAGAUCGCCACGGACAUCGCAAGCAGCUUUUGACAGACAUCCGUAUCACGUUUUCCGAUACCCCACGACGCGGUGGACGUGGUGGUCGGCGAGGUGGCAGAGCUCCUGGUGGAAGAGGAGGUCGUGGAGCAGGCCGUGGUGGAUUUGGGGGCAGUGACCGGUCUCCAAGAAACUUGAAGGAAGCAGCUCCUCGCAUGGAUGAUGAAACUGAUUUCCCUCGUCUGGUGAAAUCUGAAGCUUAAGCUGAAUUCAGUCAGCAAUAUGUCUGCUGCAGAUUCGUUGCACAUGGUCGUAUCUGGACAGUUUUCUGUUGUCAUCGUAUCGUCUCCUCUUGUGGCUGUUUUGUGGAGAGGAACACUUCAGUCUUUGCAACCUAGCCACAUUUAUUAUUAAAAAAAAAAAACAAAAAUAUAAAGCAUUUUCAAGACACUGGGAGAUUGGGAUGCCUCAAACUUGUUUUCACAUGAAUUGUGAAUUUAUAAAAAUGGUCUAGUUUUGACAUUUAAGUUCUUAUUAUUCUGUAACCCCUGUGGUGACCACGCGUCUUUGUAUACAGGUGUUUGCAGAACCAGUCAGCUCAGCACUGCUGAUUGAUGGUAUUGGGGUGCAAAUGCAUUUAAGAAGUCUUAAGAGCAGGAAAAGUGUAAUUUAUCAUCACAGAGCUUCAUUUUUGCUUUGUCAUAUGUCCAUAGUGAUCACCCCAGCACUGUAUUUAAUUUCCUGCAGAUGAGAUUUUAACAGCCUCUUCUUUGUAGGGAGAGGGACUCACCUUUUUUUAAUAAAAAAAAAUCUCUAUUUGUAAUUAGAUGUCCAGUGGGCAUAAGAAUGAUUGAAAGCAUGUGAUGGCAAGAGUUCUAUAAGAGAUGAACCGUGUCGCACUGAAAUAUAUGGGGCAGAUGAUGGGAAAUGCUUUUUUUUUUCUUGAAAGUUUCCCCCAACAUUUUGAAUUUCCAGCUUAGUGAAUGUUAAUAUUUUAAAAAAAUACAGUGUGUGGAUUUCUUAUGCAUCACAACAGUUUAAGAAAUAAACAUUUCAUAAUA